AUGCUAGGCGAAACCCUGCUUGAUCUGAAAAAGUAUGAGGAAGCGGAAGUUAUGUGUCGACGUGCACUAGCAGGCAGAGAGAGGACACUUGGAUUACUUCAUCGAGAUACCUUACUCAGUGUCAAUAAUCUUGGAGUGGCGCUGUGUAAUCAGAAAAAGUAUUACGAAGCUGAGGUUAUGUAUCGUCGUGCAUUCGUGGGUGCGGAGGAGACACUUGGACUUGAUCAUCGAGAUACCCUGUUAUGCAUCUAUAACCUAGCUGGGGCGUUGCGCAAACAAAGGAAUUAUCAUGAGGCGGAGAUGAUGUAUUGGCGUGCGCUGGCAGGACAAGGGAAGUCUCUUGGGCCAGGACACCCACACACCCUUCGGACCACGAUCAAGCUAGUUGCGGUACUGCAUACUCAGAGAAAAUACAAUGCAGCGGAGAUCAUGUAUCGACGUGCUGUCACUGAGGGCGAGAAGGCUCUUGGGCCACAUUAUCGGGCAGCUCUAAACAACUCCAACUUCCUCGCGAUGUUUCUCCAUGCCCGGGAAUCGAACGCUCUGGAUAAGGUGUCAUUAUCAUGAUGAUGGAUUUACCUAUACGCUGGGGGAGGGUGAAAUUGUUAUGUCUGUUUUUCCCCCGAACCCCAGGCGCUGUCUUCACACCACCUCAGACUCAGGUUAUGGUAACGGUGUUGGUUUUGCUUUCUUCAUACUCGCGUCUAUUGUGCCUAGGGUACUGGCCAUCUGCCUUCGUUAAUUUUUGUUGUUUCCCCUCAGUUUCAUAUCGCGCCGCAAAGUACUGUAUACCUGGCGCGGCGCUUGGCUGGCGAGAGGGUUGUGGAUUCUUGAGGGAUAAUUGAUUCUUCAAUUGCUUGCUUGGCGCUGCUGGCCUCUUGCCGUUUUCCCAGUGUUUCCUUGAAAUAUCUUUGUUCCUUAUUCUUUACAGAAUUUUGUUCGGUCUCCAGUGUUCAAGGAGAUGUGCAUAUCCUCUAGUCUCUUAUCUCCAGUAUCCUUAUUAACCGUCUUGCUUGUGACUCCCCUACCCCUGGCCUGGGUUACGCUUGAUCCACGAUGAUCUCACUCUUCCUAUUUUAUCCCUUCGCAAUUUCUUUGAAUAGGGGGUUAUAGUGUAGGCAGUGAUGGAGUAAUCCCAUCGCGGAAUAGUAUUGGGAUUGGGCUGGGGUAUAGCAAGGUCCAGUGCCCUGAAGAAGACAGAUUGGGUAGUGUGCACAUGUGGGAUGUCGGCCACCACAAACUGUAUUUAGUGAAGCUUUAUUCCUUCCUUUCUCUUGA